AUGUCUUGCUCAUCUCGUAGAAGCCAAAAUUCUGAAAAUAGUGGUGCCUCCAAUGUGUCGACACGGAAGCUGUGCGACCACGGUGAAGAUGCGAUCGUUCUCACCUCCAUGAUUAAUGAUAAUCCAUGUAGGAGGUUCUACAGAUGUCGAAAUAGAGAGAAAGGUUGUCGCUUCUUUGAAUGGAUUGAUCAAUCAUUGCCCGAGUUUCAAAGGACAUGCUUCAUAAGAUUGAAGGCUGAAAAACAUGAUUUAGAAGAAAAGUUGCGGGACAUGGAAAAUUUCACAAUCACAGAUCGAGUUUGA